GGUCCACCUCAGAAUCGUGCUUCCAGUCCAUCUUCACUCCACCUCAGAAUCACGCUUCCAGUCCACCUUCACUCCACCUCAGAAUCGCGCUUCCAGUCCCACCGGACCUGACAGUCGUCUCGCCGUCCCGCCGUCUGCAGGGAGAAGUGCCGGAUAUGGAGAGCUCACCCACAGGACUGCGGAUGCUGAAACCACCACUUCCAGCUGCUCCAGUAUCGCGCUUCAAUUCCAGGUUAAACCUUCCAAAAACUAGAUUUCUCAGAGUCACAUGUGAUUACUCGUGCUUAGAAGUUAGAGACGUCAGCUAUCAGCCCCCGGGGACUCAGCUGAGCCUUUUGAAGUCAAUUAAUUUUUCACUUCGUGAGAAAAGUUUUGGCCUAAUUUUUGGACAGAGUGGAAGUGGUAAAACAACUCUCCUGCAGCUUCUGGCAGGAAUAACCAAACCAACCUCUGGUUCCAUUUACAUCCAAAAAUAUGAUAUUGACGGCAAGCCAAGCCAAUCUCCCCAGCCAUUGGUACCGGAAAGGGUUGGUAUGGUCUUCCAGUUUCCUGAGAGGUACUUUGUGGCUGAGAACGUGCUUGACGAAGUCACUUUUGGGUGGCCAAGACAAAAAGGUGACUAUCAGUUAAAGGAGCAUCUUGCUUUAAGACUUCAGAGGGCAAUUAACUGGGUUGGAUUAAGUGGGAUUUCCUUGGAUAAAGAUCCUCACUCCCUUAGUGGUGGUUACAAACGUCGCCUAGCCUUGGCAAUACAAUUGGUUCAUAUCCCUGACCUGUUGAUAUUAGAUGAGCCUCUUGCUGGUCUUGAUUGGAAAGCACGUGCAGAUGUUGUGAAGCUUCUGAAGCAUCUUAAAAAGGAAUUGACUGUGCUAGUCGUGAGCCACGAUUUAAGAGAGUUAGCAAGUCUUGUUGAUCGUUCAUGGAGGAUGGAAAUAGGCGGCAGUCUUAGGGAGGAGUCACCACCAUUAUGAAAACGGGAACAUUCACUGCCUUUCUGAUUAGCGAUGGCCGAGGAUGCUACAAUCCCUCAUUAGUUGCCAUUUUUUUCCCAUUUUUUGCGGCAACUUGAAUAAGGAGGUUUCGUUAAACUUUCGAAGACGAAAUUCAAGUAUAGAAGGAUCGUUAUCUUAAUAGAAUAUGAAGCUAUCUAGUUUUCUUAUUAUAAACGUAAUUCAAUUUUUUCAUUUAUUUUUGUUGAAAAUAAAAAUGUAUCCUUUAAAAUUUCA